AUGGCCCUACCUGUAAAAUUAUUUACAGCUUCACGCAAUGGCCAACGUUGGUUUGCUACCGCAAAUCGUUUAAUGGAUUCGCACGGCAAAGGAAAGGAUAUUGUUGAGGUACCCAAGGGCUAUAUAUAUAUGUAAACAAUAAAGAGAAGUAUGGAAUCCAAGGAUUUAACGGAUAGAGCAGCAAGUACUGUCACAUUGGCUCACAACUUUAAAGAGCCGGCAACUAUUAAUUAUCCUUUGGAAAAGGGACCUUUGUCACGACGUUUCCAUGGCGAACAUGCUUUGCGCCGUUAUCCCAGCGGUGAGGAACGUUGCAUCGCUUGUAAAUUAUGUGAAGCCAUAUGUCCGGCACAGGCUAUAACUAUAGAAGCUGAGGAGCGAGCUGAUGGAAGUCGUCGUACCACACGCUAUGAUAUUGAUAUGACCAAGUGCAUCUAUUGCGGCUUUUGCCAAGAAACAUGUCCUGUAGACGCUAUGGUACGAGGUCCGAAUUUUGAAUUCUCUACGGAAACACAUGAAGAGCUAUUGUACAAUAAAGAGAAGUUGCUCAACAACGGUGACAAGUGGGAAUCUGAAAUAGCCUUCAAUUUGCAGGCUGAUCAUUUGUAUCGAUAAAGAGUUUGUUUC